AUGUCGGAAACCGACGCCAGAACUGCACCCGCGAGGGGCAGGAGCUCGACGAGAGGUGGCAGAGGCGGUAUUGGCCGUGGCGGUCCCCGCGGCGGCAGAAAGGUCAAUGGCACCUCGAAUGAUGCGACCACCGUCGCCGAGUCACUUGAUGAGCAGGGCGAGAUUGGCGAGAUGAAGAAGAAAUACCUAUCCGAGCUGAGCAUGCUCAAGGACAUGUUCCCCGACUGGACCGACACCGACCUUGUUUUCGCAUUGGAAGAGGCUGAUGGAGAUUUGCCGUCUACUGUCGACAAGAUCACCCAAGGUGCUGUCUCACAAUUCGCCGAGGUCAAGAAGCCCAAGGACCGCGCUCGCUCCAAGGUCAAGGACGAGCCUGCCGCUGCAGGCGCUACCGACAAGCCAGCAUUCGGCGCCCGUGGUGGUCGCGGCAGAGGUGGCUUCGAGAGCACCCGCGGCGGACGCGGCCGUGGCUCUGAGCGUGGUAGAGGUGGCCAUCGCGGCGGCAGAGGAGGUCACGCGACCACUACGAAUGGCACUACCAAAGAAGGUUGGGGCGACUCUGUGCCUACCGGUGACUCCACCGCGUGGGACACUCCGGCCACGACUACGACUGCCGACGGCGGAUGGGACACUCCAGCACCAGAAGCGAGCAAGGACACCGCGGAGGCCAGCCAGAGUGCAUGGGACACUGCAGCCACCGCCGACUCUACGCCAACUACCGCUGCCGAGGCCGCGAAGAGCAGUCUGAUACCAGAGACUGGUCCGAAGAAGAGCUGGGCUAGCAUGUUCGCCAAGCCCAAGCCUGCCCCGGCUCAAGUGCCCACGAAGCAGAUACUCACGAAGCAGCAAGCGCCUGCCGAGACCCUCGUUUCCGAAGAAGCAGCACCAACUCCAGCGCCAGCGGAAGUCUCAGCAGAGCUGCCAUCGAAGCCCGAGCCUGUGCCAGCUCCCGCCAUCCACGAGCCAGAGCCGCCAGCCGUGCCGCAACCAGACACAGCACCUGUAGAGCGACCUUUGACCUCGGAAGGCUCAGAUUUGACGCUAACACCAUCGAAGGACCCAUUGACUGAAGAGAACGUCGAGCAUCUUCCCGACGAAUCGCACCCACCCGCAACACAGACUGUUGCGAGCACCACUGGCUCGAUCGAUCCUCGCAACCUCACCCCUCUCCCAUCGCACCAAGCACCCAUCGGACGUCCAUCAAUGGGUGGGUUCGCCACGAGCGCAUCUCGACUCGCCGGAACCGGCGGCAGAACCGCAAGCUUCCAGCGUAGAGUCCAAGAACAACAAGAGGCGGUGGUGAUGCCAGGACAUAACGCCGUGGACAGAGCUGCGGUGCAGUUUGGAAGCAUGGGCAUCAACGGUGAGCCAGGUCUGGACGUAGAUGACGAUAGAGAGGAGGCAGAGACGCGACUUCCACCGCAGCACUCGCCACCAUCGCAACCUCGCACCUCGUUACCUCCAGCUCCACGAGAGGCUGCGGUCCCUCAGGCACCCGGACUCCAGAGCCUGCAGGCCGCACACGAGAAUCUUCCCACUCCUAAGCAAGCUCCAGGCUUGCCACCGGCGUCUGUCCAAAACCAGCAGCAGAUGCAAGACCCAUCUUUGACGCAGGGCAUUCCUCAGGAGCACCAAAUGAACCAGGCCUACAACCAAUACGGCCGAUAUGGCCAGCCAGGCAUGCACCAACAGCAAGAUUCAGGAGCUCAGCAGAAGCCGUACGAUCCAUUCGGCAGCCAGGCCCAGCAAAACCAUUUCGACCAGUACAGCGCACACCAUCAACAGCAACAGCCGCAGUCACAAUCCGGCUUUGGUGGUCUGUCGUCGGCACCAAGCGACUACUCCUCGUACUACACGAGCGACCAGCCUCGCAACGCCUACAACCAGUACUACGGUGGCUCUUAUGGACCGCAGGAUACUAGGAAUGCCGUGGGACAAGCCCAAGCGCAGCACGAGACGAACGUGGUCCCUCAGCGUUCCACAAGCGGAUUUGGAGCAGCCGCCGCGCCCACCGAGUCGGCGUUUGCCUCCCAGACAGCACAACAGGCACAGCAGGCCCCAUCGCGCUUCGGCGAAGCGGUGGGUUCCGGCCACAACACUCCCAAUCCUCUCAUGGGCGGACAGCAACCGUCUGCGCCAAACGCCGCCCAACAAUCGCAGCAUUCGAUGCAUCAGGCCCAAGGCCACCAGCAAGGCAGCUAUGGCGGAGCUGGUUUUCCGUACGGCCACCCAUUCUACAACAGCCCCUACCAACAGGCAUACCAGAACCAAUUUGGCUACAGUCACCAGCCAGUCGGCUAUGGCGGAGGAUUCCCCAGCAACAAGGGAAACAUGUAUGGUGGUGCACCUCACGGAUACGGCAUGGGAUCGCAGUCUUCGUACGAGCAGCACUCUUCGUCGCCAGCCAAUGCCAAUGCCUUCAGCCAGAAUCAGCAGGCUUCGAUGCGCAGCGCUAGCGGCAUGGGAUCUGGACUUGGCGGACUUGACGAGUACGGACGCGGCUCUGCGCAGUCGGGAUCGCACCAGCAGAGCAGUGGCUUCGGCAGUGUGAAUGAUUCAUUCGCACGCUCCACAUCCGGAUUUGGUCAAGGCGGUUAUGGACAGCAUGGCCAACAUGGACAGCAGAACAUGACGGCCGGCCCAGAAGAUGCGUUGAAACCAUUCAACGAGUCCAAGAGUGGCCCAUCGCCAGCUUUAGGACAGCCAGGACGCCCAGGCUCGGCUGCCAACAGCGCCGCGGGCACCUCGCAGUCUGGUCUGCCGCCACCACAACAGCAAGGCCAGCACUCUGCGUUUGGAGGCUACCCCGGUUUCCCAGGCCAGAACAGUCAGUAUGGCGGACUUGGAGGACUCGGCAGCCACGGUCAGGGCCAGAGCGGCAUGGGAGGCCAGCAGAGCGCCUACAGCGGCUACGGAGGCUUCAACCAGACCUACGGCGGAUACGGUGCUUCUCGCGGUGGAUGGGGCGCCAACUACGGUCACUAG